CACAACAAGUGAGUACUUCAAAACAUCUAAAAUAAAAUAAAAACAAAAAAGUGUUUAAAAUUAAAUUUAAGUAAAAAAAACUUUGAAAAAGUGAAGAAAAGUGGAAAAAUAUUAAGAAAUAUUAUUAUAUUAAGUGUAGAAGAUUAAUUAAAUACGGUACUUAACUUAAUUAAGUAUAUAGGACUAGGAUAAUAUCAGCGCGCAUUAAAAAUGUCGAGUGGUGUAAAGUUAAUUACUUUAAGCACUCCCUAGGUGCGUAAUUUUAUUAUUACAGUGUUAAAAUGUGAAGCAAACUCAAAACAAACUAUUAAAACAUUAUAUUAGUGACUUUGUGUGAUUAUUUCUUAUAAAUAAAUCACAAAAAUAACAAAAACAAUCAAAAAAACAUUUUUAAGCAAAAACCUUCGUGAAAAUAGUGAAAAAGUGAAAAAAAGUGCAACAAUUUAUGGAAUUCUAAGCAACUUUACAUUUUCAUCCAACAAUACGCAUUAUGUUCACGGCGAUGUGCUCGUAGAUUUUCGAUCAUCUUAUGUGCAGAAGGCAGAAGAAAAAGUUAAAGAUGGAAUGCUAAUGAAGAGCCCCGUGGACUCCGGUCACACUUUCAAAAAAAGUGACAAAAUGCCAGCGCCACCCUCAACUCCGGUGUCAUUCAUCACUCAACCCUCUCCACAACCGAUCAGCCGCAGACACAACAUAAACAUUUACAAUGGCUUCCCUUCAUCAGGUCUUUACCUAUACAAAGACCAAACGUAAAAUAUUCUACGUCUACAACUAAACAAAACUUUAAAAACAAAAUGGAUCUCUUCAACAAUACAACAUCGGUGUUCCUCACCGAUGAUUUCUCCAUCGGGGACAACGUAUUCGACACCUACGAACGCAACAGCAGUAUCUGCAGAGACUCCGAAACCCAAACCACAGAACUUUACCGGUUUAUAACCAAUGGUAUCCUGUUGAACCUGAUUGGGAUACUAGGAAUCCUCGGGAAUGUCAUCUCGAUGAUCAUCCUAUCCAGACCUCAGAUGAGGUCGAGUAUAAACUACAUCCUGAUAGGUCUAGCAAGAGUGGACACUGUGUUGAUCAUCACCAGUAUCCUCUUGUUUGGUAUCCCAGGGAUCUACCCUUAUACCAGUCUAAUGUUUACGUACUUUUACAAUGUGUAUCCACAUAUAGUUCCGGUGGUGUACCCACUAGCAACAGCUGUUCAAACAGCUUCCGUGUACUUGACCCUGAUGGUCUCCCUGGAUCGAUUCGUAGCAGUGUGUCAUCCGUUGAAGUCAAGGUUUUGUACUUACGGAAGGGCUAGAAUCUACGUCGUUUGUAUCACAGUGUUUUCCGUGUUGUACAACGUGCCCAGAUUAUGGGAGGCAACCAUUAUAGCUGAAUGGGACAAGGAGUUCAACACGACGAUAUAUUGUGCGCGACCUACACCUCUCCGGAUCAACGAAACUUAUCUCGCCGUGUACAUUCAUUGGUGUUAUUUGAUUUUUAUCUACUUGAUCCCGUUCUUCAGCCUGGCGGUGCUCAACAUUGCUAUUUAUAAUCAGGUCCGGAAGGCGAACAAAGAGCGUGCGAGACUCUCGAGACUACAGCGGCGUGAAAUCGGGCUCGCGACGAUGUUAAUGUGUGUGGUCCUCGUGUUUUUCGCGUGUAAUGUCCUCCCGCUUGUAAUCAACAUAAUCGAAUCGUUUCAGAUUAGAAUCGAUGCGGAUCUGCUGGAUAGAAUGAUCAAGACCAGUAAUUUGUUGGUCACGAUCAAUUCCAGUAUCAAUUUUAUAAUCUAUGUGAUUUUUGGUGAGAAGUUCAAGCGGUUGUUCCUGAUGCUGUUCUGCAGCCAUGGAUUGUUUGGUAUUUCGGGAAGGGACUCGCCAGAUGGCGCUACGCAUGAUGACAGUUUCAUGUCGAAUGGCGACCGGACCAGUAUCAGGUUACACCGGCAGAAUACAACGAUGAGUCGGAACGGGGUUUGUGUGGUGAGGGUGAAUGGGACAAGUGUAAGGGAUACUUCCGGGAGGCGGAUUCGUGCACCUAGUCCGGGUCCAUGUGUGUAUUAUCCCGGAAGAGAUAGGGAUAGUAGAGAUACCAGAGGAAAUCAGAAAGAGUUUAGUAGUGCAUUUACUACUCAAACGUCGCUAGGGGUUGGGAAUGCUACUAAUGGGCAUAAUGGCGAUUGGAGUCCUGAUGGACACUCGAAUGGGCAUCAUCAUGGGCUUAAUGGACCAAGAAUAUGACUAGUCAGAGGAUAUUUUCUAUGAAUGUUGAAGAUAAAAGUAAUUUAUUUUAUUUUUUGGGACCCGAGCAGAGAAAAAGGUAGACAACCCAACUGACACAGCGUGAGUAAUGAGAAAAGUUUAUUUUAAUUUCCUCGCGCGCAAAAGUAUUGCUUUCUUUUCGGUAGAUUCAUUUCACAUUCAGCGUACUUGUAGAGCUCGUAGAGUCUAAAGUGUAUACGAUUACAAUUUGCAAUUAAAACUUGCGCACAUUCUGCGGAAGCUGAAACCAAAUUAAUGAAUUAAAACACCUAACCAACAACUUGAAACAAAAAAAAUCACAGAAAAAAACGCAAAAGAAAAAUAAUUGCAAUUAAAUAGUUUUCUAUAACUUGUAACAUCUGUAACCAUACUUAGACGCAAGAUAAAAAAGUUGCCUAACUUUUCUUUGAUAGCUGACAGCUGUCAAAACGAAUAAAAUCAGUGUAAAUAUUUAAAACUUACUGAAUCGCUAAACAAACAGGGUAAAACUAUCAGACAGACGAGUUAUAAAUGAAAAUACUAUAAAUAAGUGAACGUUAAUAGUUAAUCAUCACUGACAGCGCACAUAAUCAAGUUCGAAACACGUGCUUUGUUGUCAUAUUUCAAUCUUGUCAUGGUUGUCUCGUUGUCGAAAAUUAAUUAUUCGUCGCAAUCAAACACCCCGCAAAACCCCCAGCACUGAACUCUAACCUAUAAUAACCUAUAAUCCAAGCGCACGCAGUCGUGAAUCAAGAGUUUAAAACAAUAAUCGCUUUACAAAGCCAGCCGAGUCUCGCAAGUGGAAAUUAUAAUCCCGAAACACAAGUCUAUACAGUCUAGUUUCUAGCAACUAUGCGUUACCAUACACUUUGUGCUUCAUUAUUUCAUUAUUUCGCGUUUCAUAAAUUACGUUCGGGGCUCGCUUUGUUUGCUCUCCGGUCGUCUAUUGAGAUUAAAAUUUGUUUAAGCCUCAAAUGGGACAAUCCGCAACAAAUAAACCUUAAUGCAGAUCAUACACAUUAUAAAAUCGAUAUUAUCUCUGUGUAGAAUACUAUACUUUAUCCACAACAUCAAAGAAAUAUGUGUAUUUGUGGUGUGUUAUGAAUAUAAAUUUGUAUAAAUAAAUAUUUUCAAAUAUUUGUACUUAAAACAUGGAAUCAAUGUUUACAUCUACUCGACUUGGGGAAAUCGAAGCGCUCUAUCUUCAGAAAAUCAUUCUUAUCGUAAUUCGUAAUGCAUAAGCUCAUUACACAACGUAAUACUGCGUUUUAUCAUGAUGAUGUAAUUUAUUACAACUGCGUUAUUAGGGAAAAUCAAUAAUUCGCAUGGAAAAUAUUUCAAAGUAAUUGGAUAAAUAUCAUGGCAUUAAAAAUAAAUUUCCGGGAAUUAUCCUGCAUUAAUAUUUAUAAUGAAAUUCGUCAAAAUGCUCGGAAUUAUAAAAUAAAUGAAUAUUUUUAAUAUUGUGAUAAUUGUGUUGGAAACCAAGCGAAAAGCGUUAAAUUUUCAAAUUUUAUUUAGUAUUUAAUAUAAUCACGCUCAAUUUUUUGUAAAAUUAUUUAUUUGCAGACAUUUGUAGUUCCUAUAAUUAAAAUAUGAGUAAAAACAUUGUAAAUAUUACAUGAAACAUGUUAAAAACAUCAAAUGUGACUACUUUUAAUAAUGUACUACUAAAUAAUUGAAAUUAUCAUGUAUAGAUAAGUAUUAUUAAGCUGAGAGUGGAUCGCGAGCAGAAAAUAUUGUUAAACAAGAUGAGACGAUUGAAUCUGAAGAGUUGAGGUAAUAAAUUAUAUAUUAAAUAAUA